AUGGCCGACCUCGUGUGGAGAAAGAUUCCAAUCACGCCCGCAGAGCUUUCGCUUGCCGCCGUUUUGCGCUGUGGCCAAACGUUCCGCUGGAAAAACGUCAACUCCGUCUGGAGCUUUUCCACCAACGACCGGGUGGUUUUGCUCAAGCAGGACGAUGCUCAUCUCCACUACGCCAGUAUCAUGGGAAACGCAUCCACAAGAGGCGGCGGAGAUGUCAGUGGAGCAAGGAGCGCAAGGAAUUCCCCAACAGACAACAAAAACUCCAUAGACGGAGCACAAAACGAUAAUUCCCCGCCAGUCGAAAACAUCAAGAACGAGAGCCAAGACUCCACGCUCGCCUUCAUCCACGACUACUUCAACUUGCACGUGUCUCUCUCCGAGCUCUAUGCCCACUGGACUGCGGUGGAGACCCAGGCCCGCGGCAAGUGCACUUCUUUUGCCCAGUUCCCCGGCAUCCGCAUCUUGCGCCAGGACCCGUGGGAGACGGUGGUGCUGUUCAUCUGUCUGUCCAACAACAACGUCAAGCGGAUCUCGAAAAUGUGCGAUGCUCUUUGCGCCGAGUACGGCCGGUUUCUCGCGCGUCAUGACGGCAUCGACUAUUUUUCGUUUCCCGGGCCGCAAGUGUUGUCUCUGCCUGAGGUAGAAGGUCGUCUCCGCGAGUUGGGCUUUGGCUACAGAGCCAAGUACAUUGCGUCGACCGCCAAGAUGUUUGCCGACAGCAAGUGGCCGCACAUCUCGUUGGAGCGGCUCGAGUCGCUCCGCACCAAGCCGUUUGCCGAGGCGCACGAGUUUUUGCUUCAGCUCACGGGCGUGGGGCCAAAAGUCGCCGACUGCAUCUGCCUAAUGGCUCUUGACAAACACGACGUCGUUCCGGUGGACACCCAUGUCUUGCAGAUCGCUGUACGCGACUACAAGUACCGUGGGCCGCGUACAAUGAACAAGAAGACGUACGAGGCUGUGCGGGGACACCUUGCGGACCUUUUCGGAGAGUAUGCGGGCUGGGCGCAGCUGGUGAUGUUUGCGGCCGAUCUUGCGGACUUGAACAACGGCGUCAACGAGGUGGAGGGCCAACGUGUGCGUCAUACGGUGGAGAAGCAGGUGGAGAAGAAGGUGGAGAAGAAGGUCAAGCUGAAGAAGACAAAGGAGGCGCCAGCCAAGAGCGAAACUGUCACACACGUCAAAAUAGAGCAGGUACAAGAAAACUCGGAAGUCGACGUGCUAGAAAAGAAAGAGUCACUUCUGGAAAAAUCGGAGGUGAUUGUCAAAGAAAAGAAGGGAAUCGUGGAAGUCAAGGAAGAGACAGACACAUUCCAGCAAGAAUCUGUCAAGACCAACAUACAUGUACUUCAAGAAAUAAGUCUGAACGAGUCUCAGGUUUCGGUUCCUACAAAGAGAUCGAAUGUGGAUCCAGAGACGGGUAAGGUGAAGACAGAGGCGAGAGGACCAGUGAGCCGUCUCAAGAGGGUAAAAGUGGAACUGGCCUAA